CCAUCUUAUUCAGUAUAUUAUUACGCCAUCUUCUGGAAAACGUGAGUAAUGUUUUUAAUCCAACGGAAAAGUCUUAGGUUUUGGUUUGACAGUUUGUUACAUUAUUAUUGGGUAUUUUUUAAUGUCUUAAUUAAUUGCUUUAUUUAUACCUAACUGUAGCUUGUUAUAUAUAGAAUAAUAUUGUGCACGAAUGUUCAAGUGUUUAAAACAAGGUUAUAGGUUAUACAUUCAAGAUUUUUAUUGUUAACAUGGAUUUAUCGAAGAUUUCGAAUGACAAGAAAUUAUAUCUUUGCAAAUGGUAUUUUCGUGCUGGAUUUGCCUUUCUGCCAUUUCUUUGGGCUGUGAAUGCUAUUUGGUUUGCCAAGGAAGCUUUUAUCGCUUCGCAUUAUGAAGAGCAAAAACAAAUUAAAAAAUAUGUGAUAUUCUCUGCAAUAGGAGCAAUUAUAUGGUCAGCUGCUCUUUUAGCAUGGAUUAUUACAUUUCAAACACAAAGAGCAGCAUGGGGUGAAUUUGCAGAUUCUAUUAGUUACGUAAUUCCUACAGGCAUACCAUAACUGUGUAAUACGAUUUCAUUUAUUUAAUUAUCGAUAAGUAAUUAUUAUAUUUUUAAUGUAUAAAUUAAAAAGCCAGAGUGUUACAUUCUUAUUUUGUAUUUAAUUAUAUUAUAAUACUCUAUCAUAUAAAAAAUAUAGUAUUUAUUUUUGUUUUUGAAUAAAAUACUUCUAAAACUCAAUAAUACUUAAGUGUUAAAUUUGCGUAUAAAUUCGUACAAUUUAUACAUCCCAUAAUAAUUGUAAAAAAACUGAAUUUUCAAAUGCAGAUUAAAAUAAUUUAUUUAUACAUAAAUUCAUUCUAUUCUUUAUCUAACACGAAGAAAUAAAAUUAAACGGCUCUUCUAUAGAUA